AUAAAUGACCGGCAGUCUACAGUGAUGAUAUACUUAGUUGACUUUGUUCACUUAAGCAACAUGAUGAAAUUCGCCGCUAUCUUGGCUGUUCUGGCCUUCGCCAGUCCCCUGAAUGCCUAUAUAGUCCCACGCACCGGAAACGGUGCUCUCGCCGCUGAGCUUCAGGACUUCGUCAACAUUAUUCCUCUUGACGAUAUAGUCGCGCUCCUUCACGAAUACAUGAACCAAGACUCAGAAAUGCAAGCAUGGUUAAACUAUUUGCAAACAAACGAAUUCAGGAACCUCAUAUCUGGUCUUGAAAGCAUCCCUGAAUUCCGGGACCUCCUCAACUACCAGCAAAAUGCCGGUCUCGAUGCGUACUACCUGGCGAACAAAGUCAAUGAUUUCCUGCAUCUGGCAAAACUCGUCCCACCAAACCGCGCUAGGAGAGCCGUCACCGGUGGAAUCCGCGGUUACCUCGAUCAAGUUGAAGCAAUGCUGCCUAUGGAACAGCUCCGAGCUUUGUUCAGGCAGAAGCUGGCCAACUCCAAGGUGUUCGCCGACUUCAUACAUUUCUUGGGAUCCCCCACCUCUCAAAGACUCGUCGACGCUAUGUGCGCCAAUCCUGUCUUCAAUAACUUCUUAGUGAAGCUUCAGAGCUACGGUGUCAACCUCCACAAGGGCAGAGAUUUCAUGGAAAACCAAUUGGGUCUCCAUGUCUCCUGUUCCGUUAUGAAGGUCCCAGUGGUACUGUUCACGGCGAUAUUUGCGUUCGCAACUGUGAACUCUCAUUAUCUCCCAGAUUUCGGCAAGGGACCGCUCCAUGAAGAUAUACAAUACUUCCUGGACUUGAUCCCGAUGGACAAGGUUGCUUCUGUCGUCCUAGAAUAUGCCGCUGAAGAUUCCGAAUUCCAAGAGCUACUUCAAUACUUCAGCUCAUCAGAGUUCAAGACAAUGAUCUCGGAGAUCGAGACUCUUUACGAAUUCCAUAAGUUCGCAAACUAUCUAGAAAAAAACGGUGUCUACAUUUACGCCGAGCUGAAUAAAUUAAACAAAAUAAUUGGCAUUCCACCGUUCCAGCAGUUUAGCAAAAAACAAAUCACUGGUGGAGUGAAAGGUUUGUUCGACGACGUGAAGCAACUCAUCUCUUAUGACGCAAUCAUUCGUGGUUACGUGUACAAGAUGAGAACAUCGGACGCUUGGCGUGAUUUCGUAGCUCAACUGAAGUCAGAGGAUAACCAAAAAUUUGUGGACGCUCUCUACGAAAACAGAAAUUACCUCAGAUUCCGUGCAAUGCUGGUGAAGAAAGGAAUUGACAUAAUUUUAAUCGAAGACAUCAUCUACACCGUUCUUGGUAUUGAAUUCCCAAUCUUCGAAAUGCCUAAGUCGGAAACCGUUGCCUCUGACGAACUAUCUAGGGACAUUCAUGACUUCCUGAACCUGGUCGACGAGAACAAAAUAAUGAACAUCGUUAUGUCCUACCUGGAAGACGACGAAGUGCAGAGGGCAAUCGAAUACAUGUACAGCGAAGCAUUCCACGAUUUGGUCCGCAAGGUCGAAGCUAUGCCAGAAUAUCAGAAUUUGGUGAGGUACAUGGAAGACUCUGGCUUGGACAUGAAAAAGGUGAUCAGCAAAAUCCACAAAUUGUUCGGUAUGGAAGACUACGUACCACCCAUGGAAUUCUCAUCGAUGAAUACAUUAUCAAACCUUGGUGGAUUGAAAGCUCUGUUCAACGCUGUAGAGGCUGCCCUCCCUUUGGACAAAUUCACGGCCAUGUACAAUGAAAAGAUGCACAGCUCCCCUGCUUUCCAGAACUUCAUGCAAAGACUGCACUCCAAUGAAUUUCAGAGAAUCGUCAACACGGUUUACCAAUCACCAAUCUUCCUGGAAAUGAGACAGAAGGUCAUCAACGACGGAGUGGACCUUGUACCAAUCAGGGAUUUCAUCGAAAAAGUGCUUGGCAUUCAUCUUCCCAGAGUCGACUCCCGCACCUUGUUGCGAGCGGAAAUCUUCGCCUCUGACGAACUAUCCAGAGACAUUCACGACUUCAUGAACCUGGUCGACGAGAACAAAAUAAUGAACAUCGUUAUGUCCUACCUGGAAGACGACGAAGUGCAGAGAGCAAUCGAAUACAUGUACAGCGAAGCAUUCCACGAUUUGGUCCGCAAGGUCGAAGCUAUGCCAGAAUAUCAGAAUUUGGUGAGGUACAUGGAAGACUCUGGCUUGGACAUGAAAAAGGUGAUCAGCAAAAUCCACAAAUUGUUCGGUAUGGAAGACUACGUACCACCCAUGGAAUUCUCAUCGAUGAAUACAUUAUCAAACCUUGGUGGAUUGAAAGCUCUGUUCAACGCUGUAGAGGCUGCCCUCCCUUUGGACAAAUUCACGGCCAUGUACAAUGAAAAGAUGCAUACCUCCCCUGCUUUCCAGAACUUCAUGCAAAGACUGCACUCCAAUGAAUUUCAGAGAAUCGUCAACACGGUUUACCAAUCACCAAUCUUCCUGGAAAUGAGACAGAAGGUCAUCAACGACGGAGUGGACCUUGUACCAAUCAGGGAUUUCAUCGAAAAAGUGCUUGGCAUUCAUCUUCCCAGAGUCGACUCCCGCACCUUGUUGCGAGCGGAAAUCUUCGCCUCUGACGAACUAUCCAGAGACAUUCACGACUUCAUGAACCUGGUCGACGAGAACAAAAUAAUGAACAUCGUUAUGUCCUACCUGGAAGACGACGAAGUGCAGAGAGCAAUCGAAUACAUGUACAGCGAAGCAUUCCACGAUUUGGUCCGCAAGGUCGAAGCUAUGCCAGAAUAUCAGAAUUUGGUGAGGUACAUGGAAGACUCUGGCUUGGACAUGAAAAAGGUGAUCAGCAAAAUCCACAAAUUGUUCGGUAUGGAAGACUACGUACCACCCAUGGAAUUCUCAUCGAUGAAUACAUUAUCAAACCUUGGUGGAUUGAAAGCUCUGUUCAACGCUGUAGAAGCUGCCCUCCCUUUGGACAAAUUCACGGCCAUGUACAAUGAAAAGAUGCACAGCUCCCCUGCUUUCCAGAACUUCAUGCAAAGACUGCACUCCGACGAAUUCCAAAGAAUCGUCAACACAGUUUACCAAUCACCAAUCUUCCUGGAAAUGAGACAGAAGGUCAUCAACGACGGAGUGGACCUUGUCCCUAUCAGGGAUUUCAUCGAAAAGGUGCUUGGCAUUCAUCUUCCCAGAGUCAACUUCUUGAUAUUUCAACUUCUACAAGGAACCUAUCACUGAAUAAUGCUUAACCUUCUAAAACUCGAUUUUUUUGUGACUAUUUUAGAAUUUAACAAAUUGUAAUCGUUUAAUUUCCAUUAAAUCU